AUGGCCUUCUCGUUCGGCGCCACCGCGGCGGCGCCCGCCGCUUCCUCCGGCUUCAGCUUCGGCGCCACGCCGGCGGCCCCUGCGGCCUCAAGCGGCUUCAGCUUCGGCGCUACGCCGGCGGCCCCCGCGACCUCCAGCGGCUUCAGCUUUGGGGCCGCCACGCCCGCGGCCUCGAGCGGCUUCAGCUUUGGGGCGAAACCCGCCGCCGCUCCAUCCACGGGAUUCAGCUUCGGCGGCGCGUCCGCUGCGCCUGCAUCGGCGGCCCCCAGUCUGUUUGGCGGGGCAGCGACGACCACGACGCCGGUCGCUACCGGCUUUGGCUUCGGAGGCUUUGGCAGCACCGCCACGCAGCAGCCAGCACCAGCCACGGGCGGAUUCGGAGGAUUUGGAUUCGGGGCCGGCGCGGCGACGCCUGCAGCCCCUGCACAGCCAGCCGGCCCGCCCAUUACGCUGGAGACGGCGUUCGAGAGCCUGCCGGACGAUGUGAAGAAGAACAUGACGCAGUUCCACGCCUUCCUCAAGGAGCAGGACCAGUCGGACGCCUUUCUCAAGACGGUGUCGCCCCGCCAGAUGGAGGUGCUGCGCGAGAACAUGGCUCGCCUGGAGCAGGAGGUGGAUGCUGCCACGCUCACGCGUCGCAGCCUGGACACCAGCAACGGAGGCACCCCCAACAUGUAUCACGUCAUGCGCCGCGUCGAGAUGCCGUCGCCGUACUACUGGGAGCUGCUGGACCAUUAUGAACAGAAGAUGGCGGCGGUCAAGGCGCAGAUCGAAGAUGUCGAGGCGCAGUUCAAGCCGCUCUAUGAUGGACGGGGUGGUUCUGCCAGCUCCGCAGCGGCUGGGCUGCCGGCUCCAGCCCAACUGCAACAGAUUCUGCUGGCCCAGAACGCCGCCCUGAUGCAGGCCGCUGCGCGCGUGGCCGAAGUACACGAGAAGGCGGAGGAGAUGCGGCAAUUGUUCCUGGCCAAGAUGCAGGAGGACUUGGCCCGCCGUGGCGAGAAGAACCCGGCCGCCUUCCAGAACCCGUUCGACAAGCGCAAGAAGAGCAGCGAGGCAGACAAGCGCCAGGCCAUCGACAAGAUCCGCUUCCGCACCAGCGUUGCGCCCACAAUCGUGACGCCGUCGCAGCCUACAGCCGCCGCCCCCGCCGCUACCACGUCGGCCUUCGGAUUCGGAACCGCAGCACCUGCAGCUACAGCAACUGCGGCUCCUACCAGCGGAUUCGGUUUUGGCUCGACGGCGUCGUCUGCAGCGGCCAAGACAGUGUCCUUCAACCUCACCAGCACAACGGCUACUCCGGUGGCACCCCCGGCCACAACUACCAGCGUCACAGCGGCACCGCUUGCAACUGCGUCAACGGCAGGAGGCUUUACGGCGCCCACAGUAGCCACCAGCGGCUUCGGCAGCAUCACUUCGUCGUUCCUUCCGCCCGCCACGGGCGCCUCCGCUGGCACUAAGCGCGGCGGCCGCGCUCAGAAGAUGCGGAAGUAG